CGUGAAACAGGGCAACAAUUGCAACUUGUGUCCGUCCCAUUAAAAUAAAUAAAUGCUCCGUAAAUAAAAAAGACGGACCAGCCACUCCAUUCGGGUCCCACAAGACUCUCCUUCCUCCUCCUCGGCACCUUUCUCAUGCGUUAUUAAAAAGGAGGCGUCUGUCUCCGCCUCACGCCGCCGCCGCCGCGCGAUCGGGAGGAAGGAGCAGCGAAGCGGAGAUGUCGUUGAUUCGCAGGAAAAAGGCGCCGGAAACCCCGAAGCCCGAGCCCUCGACCUCCCGGCCGACCAGCGAAGACGACGAGAAGAAGAAGAGGAGGAGCAGCAAGCCUCAUGUACCCAGAGCCAAGGGCGAGGGCGAGGGAAAGAAGACGCCGCGUUGGUCGUGCGUCGACGGCUGCUGCUGGUUCAUCGGAUACAUCUGCACCGUUUGGUGGAUUCUGUUGUUCCUUUACAACGCGAUGCCGGCCUCGUUCCCGCAGUAUGUCACGGAGGCGAUUACCGGACCGGCGCCUGAUCCUCCCGGCGUCAAGUUAUUGAAGGAAGGGUUGAAGGCGAAGCAUCCCGUAGUAUUCGUUCCGGGGAUCGUGACCGGCGGGCUUGAGCUCUGGGAGGGGCAUCAGUGCGCCGAGGGUUUGUUCCGGAAACGCCUUUGGGGCGGCACAUUCGGCGAAGUCUAUAAAAGACCUUUAUGCUGGGUGGAACACAUGUCACUAGACAAUGAAACUGGGCUAGAUCCUUGUGGAAUUAGGGUCAGGCCAGUUACAGGACUUGUGGCUGCAGAUUACUUUGCUCCAGGAUAUUUCGUGUGGGCGGUUCUUAUUGCUAAUUUGGCUCGGAUAGGAUAUGAGGAGAAAACCAUGUAUAUGGCUGCAUAUGAUUGGAGACUUUCAUUUCAGAACACGGAGGUGCGGGACCAAUCGCUUAGCCGUAUAAAAAGUAAUAUCGAGCUGAUGGUUGAAACAAACGGAGGUAAAAAAGCAGUAAUUGUUCCACAUUCAAUGGGAGUUCCAUAUUUCUUGCAUUUCAUGAAGUGGGUAGAGGCACCAGCUCCAAUGGGUGGCGGUGGAGGACCAGAUUGGUGUGCCAAAUACAUUAAGGCUGUAAUGAACAUUGGCGGACCGUUCUUAGGCGUUCCAAAAUCAGUUGCUGGACUCUUCUCAUCUGAAGCAAGAGACAUUGCUGUUGCCAGGGCUCUAGCUCCAGGUGUUUUGGAAAAAGACAUAUUCCGUAUUCAAACACUGCUGCAUGUAAUGAAGAUGACAAGGACAUGGGAUUCGACCAUGUCAAUGUUACCAAGAGGAGGGGAUACAAUAUGGGGUGGUCUUGACUGGUCUCCCGAGGAUGGGUAUUCUCCUUGCAAGAGAAAACAUAAAAACAAUACUACCAAGAGUUCAGGUAACAAUGGGAUUCUAAAUGUGGAAUCUAAAGUGAGCGAUGUGACUUAUGGAAGGAUGAUUUCAUUUGGAAGGGAUGCUGCCAAGACAGAUUCAUCAAAGCUAAAGAGGAUUGACUUCAGAGGUGCUAUGAAGGGGAGGAAUAUAGCAAAUCACAGCUGUCAUGAUGUGUGGACAGAGUACCUUGACAUGGGGGUUGGUGGUAUCAAAGCAGUUGGAGAAUAUAAGGUCUACACCGCAGACGACGUUCUUGAUUUGCUCCAAUUUGUUGCGCCAAAAAUGAUGGCACGUGGCAGUGCUCACUUUUCUUAUGGGAUUGCUGAAAAUUUGGAUGAUCCAAAGUAUGCUCAUUAUAAGUACUGGUCAAAUCCUCUGGAAACAAGGUUACCAAAUGCUCCUGACAUGGAGAUCUAUUCAAUGUAUGGAGUUGGCAUCCCAACCGAAAGAGCAUAUGUUUACAGGCAGGUUGCAUCAGCAGCAGAAUGCGACAUUCCAUUUCAGAUUGAUACCUCAGCAGAUGAAUUGGAUGAAGAAAGCUGCUUAAAGGAUGGUGUUUACACUGUUGAUGGUGAUGAGACGGUUCCGGUUUUGAGUUCAGGUUUCAUGUGUGCUAAAGGGUGGCGGGGGAAAACCAGGUUCAAUCCUUCUGGAAUCAAAACUUACAUAAGGGAAUACGAACAUGCCCCUCCUGCCAAUCUUCUAGAAGGUCGUGGGACCCAGAGUGGCGCCCAUGUUGAUAUAAUGGGAAACUUUGCUUUGAUAGAAGACAUUAUGAGGGUUGCUGCUGGAGGUACUGGGGAAGACUUGGGAGGUGACCAAGUCUACUCACAGAUCUUCAAUUGGUCUGAAAAAAUCAACUUACCUCUUUAGGAUUGUGAUGAGUGUGCCAUUCCAUCACACUAUCAUUUGGGCUAAUUACAUCUUCUCCCCCCUCAGGUUAGGUCAUGUUACCUAAUGACCCGUGAUGUUUUCUUAAGUUCCAUAUACGCACCUUAAGAUGAUGUGGUAUAAAUGUAAAAUGAUACUAUUAGCAUUUGGAGCUGACUAAAUUACACUGAAUAUUUGUUCCAGAGGUUCAUUUCAAAAGAAAGACAACACAUUUCAAAAUCCUCAAGGGUUGUUCAGUAAUUUGACCUGAACUCGGGUGUCAAAAAAGCUGUUUGUUCAAAAACCCCAAGGGUCACUUAGUAAUUUGACCUGAACUCGGGAAAGCAAGACUAAUUCAUCCUCGUGAAAUUUGUCCCAGUGUUGCUACUACGAUGUCUACUACGGUGUCAUAUGUUAAGACGUCACUUGGAAGUGUAAAUUGGAACAAGGAGACUGACACGCCCCAACAUCCGCUCUUGUUCUAUUGCUGUCCAAAGUUGUAUGUUGUGUCUGUCUGGUUGAGAUUUACCAAGUGGGUUGGGAUGCUAAGUUAAAUAAAACCAUACCAAAAGUAUGAUGCCUGCUUUGACUGUCUGUUCUUUGUUGAUGGUGAGCAAGAUGAGAACAUGGACAACAUCUUUGGAUUUUGAUAGGAUCCCUUUGUUCUAGUACUUGAAUAAGACUUUGGUUUAAAUGUUUGUACUCUACAUUAUGACCCCCUAUUUGCUACAAGUAGAAUCCAUUCAUUCAAUAAAGUCCUAUGAAGGUG